GACCAGACUCCACGGGAUAACUUCAAUUUGCUUUUAUCGGAUGAAGAUCACUUUUGGUGGCCACCUUUUUUGCAUGCGUCUGAAAGACGAUCGGAGAACAUCGCGCGCUGCAGCUCAAAGUGGACUAUUUUUCGUUGUUCCACUUCGGUGUGUGCGUUGACUGCCGCCAUCUAAAGAAGGCUCGCGUGUUUACGGAACGUAAAGAGGCAAAUGGAGCAAACCUAUGGAGAGGUGAACCAACUGGGCGGCGUGUUCGUGAAUGGAAGACCCCUGCCUAACGCCAUUCGUCUGAGAAUAGUGGAGCUGGCCCAGCUGGGGAUCAGACCCUGCGACAUAAGCCGGCAGCUGCGCGUCUCGCACGGCUGCGUGAGCAAGAUCCUGGCGCGGUACAACGAAACGGGCUCCAUUUUACCGGGCGCAAUCGGCGGCAGCAAACCUCGCGUCACGACGCCCAACGUGGUGAAAAACAUCAGGGAAUACAAACAGAACGACCCGGGGAUCUUUGCAUGGGAGAUCCGAGACAGACUCUUAGCGGACGGAGUUUGCGAUAAGUACAACGUGCCAUCGGUGAGCUCCAUCAGUAGGAUAUUACGCAACAAGAUCGGAAAUCUGUCCCAGCCCGGCCAGUACGAAGGCGGCAAGCAAUCCUCGGCGCAGGCCGGCCUCCCUUACAACCACAUUUAUCCGUACUCCUACUCCAACACCAUGUCGCCGGCUGCCACCAAGAUGGGCUCCCCUCCCGGGGUGCCGGUGACGGCGGGACACGUGAGCAUCUCCAGGGCCUGGCCCUCUGCGCACACUGUCAGCAACAUCCUCGGAAUCCGAGCCUUCAUGGAUCCCGCAGCCAUCGCUGGAACGGAGGGGUAUCCGACUAAAAUGGAAGAGUGGAGCAGCGUCAAUCGAGCAACUUUCCCAGCGGCUCACUCAGUCAACGGCAUUGACAAAUCAGCCAUUGACGCUGACAUAAAAUACGCACAGCCGUCUUCUACACUGUCCGGCUACGUCUCGGCCUGUGCGUACUCCCCAACAAACCAAUACGGGGUGUACAGUGGCCCAGCGGGCGGCUACGUGGCCCCGGGUCACCACCACUGGCAGCCGCAGAGCCCGGCCCUGUCUCACCCGGGCAGCGGGAUGAGCAUGCACGCGGGGGAGAUCCACUCUCCGAUGGCCUUCAAGCACCACACCCGAGAAGGAGAAAGAAAACCCCCCAGUCCGCUGAGCAAGCAGCAUCACCAUGAAGACUUGAACAGUGUGCAUGGACUCAGUCUUGCUACCUCAUCAUCAUAACCGGGAUUUUUACCAGCUCCAUAAUCAGAUUUAACUGAACUCAUUUCAACUCUAGUAAGUCUGAACCCAAACACACGGGCCUCGCUUGAUGUUGUGGAAGCAGUAAAGCCAAAACAGGCUUUGUGGCCUUAUGAAUGUAAGUUUGAAUGAAAGUGUGGGUGCUCUGCAAA